AUGAAUGUUGAUCUGCCUUGGACAGGAUCCCCUGACCACUUUGUCUUAUAUGAUGUGGUUCUGCUGGACGACCUGGAGCUGGACAGGUACAAUCUGGACAGGUACAUUCUGGACAGGUACAAUCUGGACAGGUACAAUCUGGACAGGUACAAUAUGGACAGGUAUAAUCUGGACAGGUACAUUCUGGACAGGUACAAUCUGGACAGGUACAAUCUGGAAGGGUACAAUCUGGACAGGUACAUUCUGGACAGGGACAAUCUGGAUGGGUACAAUCUGGACAGGUACAUUCUGGAAGGGUACAAUCUGGACAGGUACAAUCUGGACAGGUACAAUCUGGACAGGUACAUUCUGGAAGGGUACAAUCUGGACAGGUACAAUCUGGACAGGUACAUUCUGUACAGGUACAAUCUGGACAGGUACGUUCUGGACAGGUACAAUCUGGACAGGUACAAUCUGGACAGGUAA